AGUAAGUUAUUGGAGAUGUCUGAGGCCAUCUAUGCUGAACCAGAUAUGAACAAGAAGGUCAAGUUAAACAGAGGUGAGAUGAAGGAGAGGAUUGUGGAUAUCUACGUCAGUGCAGACACCCUGAGAGACGGUGAGACCAGCACCAAGAGAGAAGAGACAGCAGACACUGCUCCUAAUAAUGGACCAGGAGACCAGCACUCAGAGCCUGAUAGCUCAGGGAAGAGAUCCUCCAGAGUUGCUGCAGUGUGUCUGGGGCUGCUGUGUGUUCUCCUACUGGCUGGGAUCAUAGGCCUGUCUGUCUACUAUGAUGGGGUCUCUAAGAGCUUCUUAGCCUAUAAGACCAACUCAUCUGCAGAGAUAGAACAGCUACAGACCAGCUACAACAACCUGACUAAAGAGAGAGACCAGCUACAGACCAGUUACAACACCCUGACUAAAGAGAAAGACCAGCUACAGACCAGUUACAACACCAUGACUAAAGAGAGAGACCAGCUACAGACCAGUUACAACAACCUGACUAAAGAGAGAGCCAACCUACAGACUGAGAGAGAUUUUCUUAGCAGGUGGCUUACCAAUCUCGGCUGGCAGAAGUUUGAAUCCAGUUGGUACUUCCUGUCAACUGAGUCUAAAACCUGGAAGGAGAGCAGAGAGGACUGUCUGAAGAGAGGAGCAGACCUGGUGAUCAUAAACAGUGAUAUGGAACAGACAUUUCUCUUCAACCUCAAGAAGAGAGUCUGGAUUGGUCUGACUGACUCUGUUAAUGAGGGGACCUGGAAAUGGGUGGAUGACACCCCACUGACCACAAGGUACUGGAAUGACAAGCAGCCUGAUAGUGAAGAUCCUAGUGGGGAGGAGGACUGUGUUGAGAUACAUAAAGAUUGGAUUCCACUUACGGCAUGGAAUGACAUGUCAUGUGACAAGAAACUCAACUGGAUUUGCGAGAAAGUGGUUUAACAUCACCAUGACAACAUACUAUAACCCAUACAGCAGUUUACACUGCACACAACUUUGUUCUUCAUUCUCUCUCUCUCUCUCACAUUUUCAUACACGCACGCACACAUGCAUGCAGGUACACACACGCAUUCAAAUGCACCUAUUGUUGUAUUUGUUUGUUGUAUCAUAUUAAUAAAAGUCCUAAUUAUUUCCUG